GCUUUCGGAGAUUCUAGAAAUCUUCGAUUGGUCUUCACCAAAAAAUAAUUCGUUCAAAAUUGUAUCAUGGAGAUAGACGAUGAUCCAAAGACCACUCCUUCUCCUAAUUCGUAUCUAGUUGAAGAGUUGGGUUCCUAUGUAGAUGCAGGAGAACCCGAGUUAGAUUCAGAAAACGAUGCAGAUUCUGCUCUUGGUGGAAUGAGUUUAAGGAGUUCUAACUUCACAGUCGAAUCGGAAUUCUAUCGUCACAUUGAAGAAAAUGGAAGAACGUAUCAUCGUUAUAAACAUGGUCAAUAUCCGCUGCCGAAUGAUGCACUUGAACAAAAUAGACUAGAAUUUCAACAUAGGUUCCUACGCAUGACCAUCGACGGAAAGUUAUGCGUAUCGCCAAUCGACACGGAUCGCCCAAUAAAUGUUUUAGAUGUUGCCACUGGAACUGGUAUUUGGGCAGUUGAAUUUGCAGAUGAAUACCCCAAUUCGACGGUGAUUGGUACUGACCUUAGCCCCAUUCAGCCGCAUUAUAUCCCCACGAACUGCUCAUUCCGAAUCGAAGACGCUGAAGAUCCAUGGAAAUUUGACGAUUUAAAAUUCGACUUGAUUCAUGGUCGCGCCUUGUUGACCUGCUUUCGUUCUCCCAAAACCGUCAUUGCAUCGGCAUUCCAAGCUCUGGCACCAGGAGGAUACCUCGAGCUUCGAGAUCCAAUCUUUCCUUUCAAAUAUGCGUCACCGCCGCCGGAGAAUUGUGCAUUGGUAAAAUGGAACAAUAUGAUAGUAGAAGCUUCUACGAGAGCCGGGCGACCUUGGACAAAUGGAGCACAUUAUAAGAAGUGGAUGGAAGAAAGCGGUUUCGUUGAUAUUGUGGAGAGAAGGGAAUAUGCACCGAUGAGUCCAUGGGCAAAAGGUCAAAGGAAUAAAGUCUUGAGCGUAUGGGUACAAAGGAAUAUCUUGAUGGGCUUGGAAGGAUUGAGUAUGGCACUUUUCACAAGAGUCUUGGGAAUGGAAAAAGAGCAGGUAAAUGAGCUGUUGAUUGGCGUGAGAGCAGAUAUUGAAAACACUAAGAUACACUGCUAUUCUGAAGGGGUUCUAGUGUAUGGAAGGAAACCUUAAAGGAGCUCUUUGAGAAUUGGAAAUAUAGGAGAUGUUGUCUUUGAUUGAUUCUUGACAGAUUAUUCGCAGUCAGGAAGACGACUAGUGAACUAAUAUCUUUUAGUUCAAGGAUAUACCCAUUGUAAUAUUGAGUAAUUCUUUAUAAUUGUCUUUUCAUUUGAGCUAUAUGGCCAAGUAUUAUUAUCCAAAAUGAAGUCCGUAUCUGCGAUGUUAUUGGAAUUGAAUUUUUUUGUCAGUAGAUAGUCUCUGCGGGCUGCAAUAAUGUAUUAGUUGAGGGAAGACGAUCGAAAUCGUUCCUAAAUCGCACCCAAGGUGCUACGAGUAGAGCAGCCAAAAGUUUCAUCACACGAUCAAAUGUGUGAUCUUGAUUGUGAUCA